GACACGUAUUGCUUUCGUUUUACAAACGUGCCAGUUGUUGACCUUGCACUGUUUAUGUUCGAAGUCCAAAAAGAGAAAAUGGCAGCCCGACUGAAAACGCUUUUUGGUCACAUUCAGGAACAUAAGACACCAACUGAUGUCUCAACAGUCUUAACACAUGCUAGUACAUACACUGGAACUUAUAAGUAUACUCUGAAUUCACCAAGGUUGACAGAAAAACAGAGACAGUUCUAUGAAGAUAAUGGGUAUUUGGUCAUUAAAAAACUUGUUCCUGAGUACAGCUUGCAGAAGUACAGAGAAAGAUUUGAACAGAUAUGUAAAAAGGAAGUUGUAGUACCUGGUUUGACCAUUAUGAGGGACGUUGCCAUUUCGAAAGAUGAGUUUGUACCAGGACAAAAAGCUGUAACCAAAAUCCAGAACUUUCAGUUAGAUGAAGAACUAUUUGAGUAUUGUAAAUUUCCAGAGGUAUUGGACUAUGUGGAAGCUAUUGUUGGAAGCAAUAUCAAGGCAAUCCAUACUAUGCUGAUUAACAAACCGCCAGAUCCAGGUAGGAAAACCUCCAGACAUCCGAUGCACCAGGAUCUCCAUUACUUCCCAAUGAAACCACCGGAGAAGAUCGUCUGUUCCUGGACUGCAAUGCAAAAAGUUAAUCGUGAAAACGGUUGCUUAGUUGUACUUCCUGGUACCCACAAAGGUACAUUACUUCAACAUGAUUAUCCUGAAUGGGAGGGUGGUGUUAAUAAGAUGUACCAUGGUGUGAGAGAUUAUGAUCCCAGCAUGCCGCGUUCACAUCUUGAUAUGGAGGCUGGUGACACAGUUUUCUUCCAUCCUCUUUUGAUACAUGGAUCAGGAAUGAACAGGACAAAAGACUUUAGAAAGUCCAUUUCAUGCCACUAUGCCAGCAGUGAUAUCGAAUUUGCAGAACAAGAUUCCCAGAGUACAAUAUCUGAGGAAAUACUUGAUUUGAUAGUUAAACAGUACAAGGUUCCCAGGGACAGCGUUAAAUAUGAGGACAUAUGGAAAAUCAAAAGCCGUACUGUUAAAGGACAUUCCGAUUGGUAAUGUAAAAUUUACAUUUUCAAAAGUGUUAGUCUAAAUUAUUCAAGUGAUACAUGAACAAGAUGGAGGUGUGACUUUAAUUUUAGUUAACAUAUUAAUUAUUUGGACAUCAUAUAUCUAUGAUUUAGUUCUGAAAUGCAUGUACAUGCAUAUUCAAAAUGACAUUUGAUUUUCUGAAAUGAAAUAAAUGACUUGACUUAUAUGCUUAAUU